AUGUCUCGAUUUUUCGCCACUGCCUCGGACAGCGAGUCGGAGUCAUCCCUGUCUGGAGAUGAAAUCCUGCCCAAGCCAGUGGGAGGAACCUUCGGCAAGCAGCCGCUUCUCCUCAGUGACGAUGAAGAGGACACCAAGCGUGUGGUGCGCAGCGCCAAGGAUAAAAGGUUUGAGGAGCUGACCAACAUCAUCAAGACAAUUCGUAACGCCAUGAAGAUUCGAGACAUGACCAAAUGCCUGGAGGAGUUCGAGCAGCUGGGCAAGGCUUACAUCAAGUCCAAGAACAUCAUCGACAAAGAGGGCGUCCCCCGUUUCUACAUUCGUCUCCUGUCUGAUCUGGAGGACUAUUUGAAUGAGCUUUGGGAGGAUAAAGAGGGCAAGAAGAAGAUGAAUAAGAACAACGCCAAAGCUCUGAGCACGCUGCGGCAGAAACUGCGCAAGUACAACCGGGAUUUCGAAGCUCCGAUAACGGCGUACAAACAGAAUCCCGAAGAAUCAGCUGAUGAAGAUCAGGAGAAGGAUGAAGAUGACGACUCAGAAGCGUCGUCUUCUAGCGAGGAUGAGAAGGAUGAAGGUAUGAGCGCCAGCAAGUUCCUGAAAAAGAUGGAAGCCGCACCACAAGACACCCGAAGCAAAUAUUUGAAAAAAACAGAGGCUGAAGAUGAAGAGGAAUCCUCUGAUGAUGAAGACUGGGGCUCUGACUCCGAGGACUCUGACUCCGAAUCUGAGGAUGAUGAAGGCAAAUAUACUUCGCUGGCUUCCAAAUUCUUGAAGAAGACGGUUCCUGAAGGGGAUCGCCAAACUUUAGAGAAAAAGAAAGAAAAGAAGAAGCAACAUCGUAAACUGAAGAAAAGGGGAGAGGAAGAGGGUGAAGAGGAUGAGGAAGGAGGUGGAGGAGAGUGGGAGAAGGUCAAAGGAGGCGCCCCAAUGGUUAAGGAGAAACCAAAGAUGUUUGCCAAAGGCACAGAGAUCACUCCCCCCAUUGUGGUGAAGAAGCUGAACGAGAUCCUCCAGGCCAGAGGAAAGAAAGGCACAGACAGGGCGGCUCAGAUCGAACUCCUACACAUGCUGGCAAACAUCUCAAACGAACACAACCUUGGACAAGGGAUCGCCGUCAAGAUAAAGUUCAACAUUGUGGCCUCUCUGUAUGAUUACAACCCAAACUUGGCCGCUUACAUGAAGGCGGACAUGUGGAAGAAAUGUCUGGAUUGUAUUCACGAUCUCCUGGAUAUCCUCUUUGCUAAUUCCAACAUGUUCAUCGGGGAGAACAUUGCUGAAGACUCAGAGAACCUCAUUGUCUCAGACCAGCCUCUGCGUGUACGCGGCUGUAUCCUCACUCUGGUCGAGAGAAUGGAUGAAGAAUUCACCAAAAUUAUGCAAAAUACAGAUCCCCAUUCACAAGAAUAUGUGGACAAUCUGAAAGACGAGGCGCGCGUGUGUGAGGUGAUCGAGCGCGUACAGAAAUAUCUGCAGGAGAAGGGCAGCACCGAGGAGAUCUGCCGGGUGUAUCUCCGGAGGAUCAUGCACACUUACUACAAAUUUGACUACAAGGCCCAUCAGAGACAACUCAGUACCGGGCAGGAGUCUAAGUCAGAACAGGACCAGGCUGAGAACGAAGGCGAGGACAGUGCAAUCCUCAUGGACAGACUCAGUAAAUACAUCUACGCCAAGGACAGGACGGACAGAAUUCGAACGUGUGCCAUCCUGUGCCACAUCUACCACCACGCCCUGCACAACCGCUGGUUCCAGGCCAGAGACCUCAUGCUCAUGUCCCACCUGCAGGACAACAUCCAGCAUGCUGACCCUCCAGUGCAGAUCCUGUACAACCGGACCAUGGUGCAGUUGGGUAUUUGCGCCUUCCGGCAAGGCAUGAUCCGCGAUGCGCACAACGCUCUCCUGGACAUCCAGUCUAGUGGGAGAGCCAAGGAGUUGCUGGGACAGGGUCUGCUGAUGAGGACCAUGCAGGAGAGAAAUCAGGAACAGGAGAAGAUAGAGAAACGCAGGCAGAUCCCCUUCCACAUGCACAUCAACCUGGAGCUGCUGGAAUGUGUCUACCUGGUGUCCGCCAUGCUGCUGGAGAUCCCUUACAUGGCAGCCCACGAGUUCGAUGCGCGGCGGAGGAUGAUCAGCAAGCAGUUCCACCAUCAGCUGCGUGUGGGCGAGAGGCAGCCGCUGCUUGGUCCACCGGAGAGUAUGAGAGAACAUGUGGUCGCUGCUUCCAAGGCCAUGAAGAUGGGAGACUGGAAGACCUGCAGGAACUUCAUCAUUAACGAGAAGAUGAACGGAAAGGUGUGGGACUUGUUCCCUGAGGCUGACCGUGUACGGAACAUGCUGGUCAGGAAGAUCCAGGAGGAAUCUCUAAGGACUUACCUCUUCACCUACAGCAGUGUCUAUGAUUCUAUCAGGAUGGGGAUAUUGGGAGACAUGUUUCAGCUGGAGAUCCCCACAGUACACAGUAUUAUCAGCAAGAUGAUCAUCAAUGAGGAACUAAUGGCGUCCCUGGAUCAGCCCACCCAGACGGUGGUGAUGCAUGGGACGGAGCCCAGCUCUCUGCAGAACACUGCCCUGCAACUGGCCGAGAAACUAGGCAACCUGGUGGAGAACAAUGAGCGCAUUUUUGAUCAUAAGCAGGGCAGUUAUGGAGGAUACUUCAAUCGCGGUGAGGAAAGCUGUAUGUUCUUUUCAGACCAAAAAGAUUCUUACCAACGGAAAGAGGGCGGCUACAUGAGGAGAGGAUACAGGAGAGACCAGCCCAACCAGAGCAACUAUUGA